AUGAUCUCCACAAGAAAAAUCAGCGCUAGGUUUUUCUCUAACUCCCCCCCCCCCUCCGUGAGCGAACAAAACCAUUAGAAAAAUCGCCAUUUUUUGACCAAAAACCCACCCUCCGUGAGUGAACAAAAAUUUUUUUAAUAGAAAAAAUUUUAAUGGAAAAAAAUUUUGCUAUAUAAGUGAUAAUUAGUAUAAUGAAAUCUAGAGCUAAUUCUGUUUAAUUUUAAACAAAUUGCGUUUUAAAACAUAAAUUUUUGCAAAUUAAAUUAAUAUUUGCUUCCCAAUUUUUGCAAAUUAGGAUUUUUUUUUAAAUUUCGAAAAAAUAUUUUUUGUAUAAAAUUUAUAUAUAAAUUUUUUUUAAAAAAAAAAAAUUAACCCCCCUCCGUGAGUGAACAAAAUUUUUUUGUUCGCUCACGGAGGGGGGGGGGGAGUAAAGACUUAUUUUCUGGAUUCUCUUCUUCAUAUGCUAAAUAUAGACCUGACUAUCCUGCAGAUUUAUUUUCUCAUUUAUCUUCCCUUACCGGAGAUCAUCAAGUCGCCUGAGAUGUUGCAACAGGUUCAGGCCAAGCCGCAUUUCCUCUCUGCAAAUACUACAAAACAGUCAUUGGCACUGAUCUUAGCUCAAACCAAAUAAACAGCGCAAAACAAAUCCAAGCAUCAAAUUCUCCUAUUUUCGAAAGUCUCCCAGCGGAAUUAUCAUCAGAAACAAUAGACACUCACAAGUAUUUGACUCACAAUAAUGUCGAUUUAAUUACAAUUGCCCAAGCUUUGCACUGGUUCAAUUUAGACCAGUUCUAUGAUGCAGUAAAUAAAGUUUUAAAGAAAAAUGGAGUUAUUGCAGCUUGGACUUAUCAGUUGCCUACAGUAAAUAGCCAAGUUGAUGAAAUCAUGAUGGAGAUCUAUGAAGGGGUUUUAGGUAAAAAAUAUUGGGACCCCCAAAGAAGACAUGUAGAUGAAGGAUAUGCAAAUUUGGAAUUUCCUUUUGAUAGAGAUGUCCCGCUACCACCAACAAGGGAUAUUAGAAAAGAGUGGAGUUUGGAAGACUAUUGGAAUUAUCUUCAUACUUGGUCAGCAUUACAAACUGCAAUUAAACAAUUAAAUGCAGAUCCUUCGCAGCCAUUUUUUGAAAAAUUUUUAAAAGUUUGGAAUAGAAAUGAAAUAAAGACUGUAAAAUUCCCAAUUACCUUUUUAAUAGGAAAGCCAAAAUAA